UUAUUUUGUAGCCUCAACAAAACUUAAAGCACGUAAAGAACUAAAGUUUAAAAAAUAUAUCGGUUUUUUUCAUCCUUACAGCGAACAUGGAGGGGGCGGUGAACGGGUUUUGUGGUGUGCGAUAUUUUAUCUCCAAAACUUAUAUCCUGACUUGAAAAUCGUUGUUUAUACUGAGGGAGACCAUAGCAAAGAAACUAUCGUUGACACCGUAAAACGGCAGUUUAAUUUUAAGAUAAUAGGGAAAAAUCUAAAAUUUAUUCAUUUAAAAAGAACAAAGUGGAUUGAUCCGAAACGCUAUCGGUUUUUAACACUUCUAUGUAUUGCUCUUGGUUCCAUCUACCUUGGCAUUGAGGCCUUUGAAAAGUUUGUCCCCGAUCUAUUUGUAGAUACGAUAGGCUACGGUUUUGUGAUACCUCUAUUCAAAAAAUUCGGAAAGUGUAAAACUGCCGGCUACGUGCAUUAUCCUUUUAUAAGUUUUGAUAUUGUUAAGAAUUUACCUAAAAAUCAAACCUUUCAAACGGUUUUAAAAGGGCUGUAUUACAAAUUUUUAAUAUUUUUUUACCGUAAAGCGGGCUACUAUUUUGACGAGGUUAUGGUGAACUCCCGAUGGACUUUUGAGCGGAUGGAACUUUUAUGGGAGCGCUCUCUAAAAUUAGUGCAUCCUCCCUGCAGUACUGAGGCUUUCGGCCGAUUACCUUUAAGCGAAAAGCAAGACAACACUAUAAUAUCGCUUGCACAAUUCCGUCCCGAAAAAAAUCACGCGAUGCAGCUUCAUAUACUUCGAAGAUAUUUUGAUCUUUUUCCUGCAAGAGAGACGGCCGUCCGGUUAAUUAUCGUUGGAAGUUGUCGUAAUGCUGAUGAUCUAAAUUAUUUAACGAGUCUAAAAGAUUUAGCCUGGAGUCUUGGCCUCAACCACCGAGUCAACUUUAUAGUAAAUUUAUCGUUUGGUAAAGUAUUAGAGGAGCUGCAGAAGGCCGGAAUUGGUUUACACACGAUGCGAGACGAGCAUUUCGGGAUCGGGGUUGUGGAAUUAAUGCUGGCCGGGGUGAUUCCUAUAGCGCAUAAUUCUGGAGGCCCUCGGGACGAUAUAAUUAAGGAAGACGUUGGAUUUUUGGCAUCUGACGUUGAUGAAUACGUUGAAAAGCUCGACCAUAUAUUCCGGCUUCAACCAUCUCAACGCACAACUUUGAGAAUUUCAGCACGGCUAAGCGCUAGACGUUUCUCGGAAGAUAACUUUCAGAAAGCUUUUCUUGAUUGUCUUAACGGAUUACUUUAA